AUGAAUGCCAUCGUGGCGAUGGCGCGGCUCGUUGGCCUAAUGAUGCUGGCGCUGCCGGCCGAAGUGGCCGGCCAAGGAGCGGCUUCGACCGUGCUCGAGAGUCUGUUCGACGAGCUGAGCCUGAUGAUGCGCCGCGGCCCGAACGCAUCGGUACCGAUCGCGGAGGCCAAGCGGAUCCGCAAAGAGUACGACUUCGUAGUGAUCGGGGCCGGUUCCGGUGGCUCCGUGAUGGCCAACCGGCUGAGUGAGGUCGCCGGUUGGAACGUGCUGCUGCUCGAGGUGGGCAAGGAAGAGAACGCCGUCUCGAACGUUCCCCUGACGGCGGGUUUGACAACGAUCACUGGUUACAGCUGGGGCUACCGUUCGGAUCCGAUGCGGAACGCGUGCACCGGGCUCGAGCAGGGCGUCUGCUACUGGCCCAAAGGACGUGGGCUGGGUGGCACGAGCCUACUCAACUUCCUGCUGUACGGCCGUGGACACCGGCGCGACUACGACGAGUGGGAGCAGGCGGGCAAUUACGGCUGGGGCUACCGGGAUGUGCGGAAGUACUUCGAGAAAGCGGAGCUGGUGAAGGGGGGCCGCCCGAACCCGGACGGCUAUCUGCACAUCGAGCAGAGUUCCUUCGAGACGCCGAUGCUCCGGCGGUACAUUGAGGCUGGCCGGCGGCUCGGGUACCGCCACAUCGCUCCGAAUGAUCCGGUUCAGCUGGGCUUCUACAAAACGCAGGCCACGAUGGUGAACGGGGAGCGCUGCAGUGCGGCCCGCGCGUACCUCAAGCCGGUCGCCGGUCGGCCCAACCUGGACAUCUCGACCCGCUCCUGGGCCACCCGGAUCCUGAUCGAUCCGCUCACGAAGACCGCGUUCGGGGUGGAGUUUACGAAGAACAAGCGAACCCAUACGGUGCGCGUCCGGCGGGAAGUGAUUCUGGCGGCGGGUGCGAUUGCCUCGCCGCAGCUCCUCAUGCUGUCCGGGGUCGGGCCCCGGGAACACCUGAACGACAUGGGCAUACCGGUGGUGAAGGACCUUCGGGUCGGCUACAACCUGCAGGACCACCAGACACUCUCGGGGCUGGUGUUCACCGUCAACAAGCCGGUCACGAUCCGGGAACGGGACAUGCGCAGGCCACUGAACGUUCUGAAUUACCUCGUCACCCGGAGCGGACCGUUCACGCUGCCCGGCGGGGCCGAGGGUAUUGCUUUCGUGAAGGUCAAUGGAUCCCGGUCGCCGGACGACUACCCGGACAUGGAGCUGGUGCUGGGGACCGGGGCCGUCAACAACGACGAGUCGGGGUCGCUGCGGCACACGUUCGGCAUGACGCCGGAGUUCUACGAGCGGACGUUCGGUGGCGCCCGCGGUCAGCACGCCUUCGGUAUCGCGCCGGUGCUGAUGCGUCCCAAGAGCCGGGGCCGGGUGUGGCUCAAGAGUCGAAACCCGUUCCGGUGGCCGCACAUGGAGGGUAACUUCUUCGACCAUCCGGACGAUAUGGCGACCAUGGUCGAGGGCAUCAAGCUGGCGGUGCGUAUCGGGGAGUCAGAAAGCUUCGCCCGGUACGAGGCCAAGCUGCUCGAGACUCCGUUUUUCGGCUGCCAACAGCAUCGCUUCCGGUCGGACGAGUAUUGGCGCUGCUGUUUGCGGCGGGUCGGCGCCAGUAUUCAGCACCAGUCGGGCACGUGCAAGAUGGGCCUGGCCACCGAUCCCGAUGCCGUCGUCGAUCCGGAGCUGCGGGUACACGGCGUUACGGGGUUGCGCGUGGUCGAUGCGUCCAUCUUUCCGAUCAUCCCGUCGGCCCACACCAACGGCGUGGUCAUCAUGAUCGGCGAAAAGGCGGCCGACAUGGUGAAGGAGCAUUGGGCCAACCGAGUGCAGUAG